AUGACGCAGGGUAACAUAGCAAACGAAGGAUCAAGAAACAUCACUAGCAACAGAUUUGAAAUGAGGGACUUCAUAAGCACUAUGCCGAAUGAGAUCAUUGGGAAUAUUUUAUCUCGUUUGACAAUGAAAGAAGCUGGUAGAACUAGCGUGCUCUCAACUACAUGGAGAUAUCAAUGGACUCAUUUCUCUGGGGUCGUGGACUUUGAUCACUCACUUAGGAGCUAUGUCUUGCGUAGAUUACACGUUGGACUUUUGACCAAGUGCAUUUUUUUUGUUUCUGAGUGGGAGAAGUUCAUGGCUCGUUUGGAACAUGUCAUGAAAUCACUCAAAUGCCCCUCCAUGCAAGGACUCAGAGUUUGCAUGGAUUUGGGUAACCCUAGGAAGCUACCUGAGUGGCUUAAGUUUGCCUCAGAGAGGAAUGUUCAAGUGUUGGACCUGGAUUUUACGUAUCACUUCACUGAACCAUUCUAUGGAAUAAGUGACAACAUUCGUAAUGUGUUGUCAUCAAAGAAGUUUGAAAUGAAGUCACUGCGAGUGCUGCGUUUGGCUUGUGUGGACGUGAAUGGUGAAGUCCUCCAGUGCUUUUUAGCAACUUGUCCACUGCUUGAAACAAUACGUGUCACAGAAUCCACACGCCUUGUGCGAUUGAAAGUUUGGGGCCAAGGACUGAGGCUGAAGCAUUUGGAGUUAGUUGAGUGCAAUAUUUUGUAUCUUGAUAUUUGUGCUGAAAAUCUCAUGACAUUUAGGUACUCUGGUGAUUAUGGAAAGUUUAACUUUGAAAGUGUUCCAAGCCUUGAGGAAGCCUCCUUUGGAGGGCGUUAUGCUAGUUAUCUGCAAGCAAACAUGCACGAUGAAGAUUUUUUUGGAGUACUGUUGCAGGUUCAUGUUCUGAAAUUGAAUUUGUCUACAUAUACUGUGGGGGUUAUUGAAGGGCUCCCAGUAUUCGAUAAUGUGAGGCAGUUGGAACUGCAAAUUCCUCACAUCUGUGGAGCGGAUCUUGGUCGUCCAGUUUCUGUACUAAGUGCUUUCCCUUCAAUAUGUAUGCUUAAGAUUAAGUUCAUGAGGUCCAAUCUCGUGGAUGUGGAGCAUGAGUGGAAGGCAAAUCUGAAACAGGAGUAUCCAAAACUGAGGGAGCUGGAAGUGUCAGGAUACAGAAGAGACCCCAGUCAAAUUGAGUUGCUGAUCAGCAUAUUUGCUAAGGCUCCUAAUCUAAACAGGAUUCUUGUGGAUCCCUUGUCUUCAUACUAUGCGGAUAGGUCACCUGAUGUCAAGGCCAGGGUUAGAAAUACUCGUCGUGACUCUACCUUAUGGCUUGUUGAUGCUCUCAAACCACAUGUGCCUCCUUCAGUUGAGUUGAUUGUCCUUUAGUGGCAACAGCAGUGAUCAAUGGAUUGGAGGCUUCUUUUGAGAUUUUAUGAUGCAAUGCCAGUUUCUAAAGUUUC